CCGAGCGGAGUAUAAGCUUUCUCCAGCCACGCCGAUAAUUCGCUCAGGGACAUUUCUACAAUAUAUUAACCAAGGUUUUCGGGAAAAACACUUGAUCAUAUAAACGGGUAGGCUAAACUACAGACAUAGCUGGACUGCAUUAUGGUAUUAAUACAAGAAGUGUGGAAAUAUCAAACGUCUUGACUUCAAAAAGUAUUUGGAUUAUUCCCGACGGACCCGGUGAAACGGAUUUACAUUUCCCUGCGUAAUCAUAACAGCAAACAUAAUCGGGAUAUUUACUGAAUGGUUGUUGGGAUUGACAAAUGCGAAGUUCACGGGUUGAACAACUUUUGCCCUUUCCCGUUUCUUGCAUAAACCCAUUGAAAAUUAUUGAAAAGGAGAGGGCUCCUAGAUUGCACAAAGCUUCUCAUACCUCCUUCAUAUUGAUAUUUAUCUUGUUGGUUGGGUUUGGGUGCCAGACGCGGUUAGACUGGGUGCGUGGAGCUUCGGAACACCGAAUUGUAAUUCCUCCCUCCCUCUCUCCCCUGGGUUUAUGUCCGGACUGACCGCUUUAUGACAAUGGAUUACUUUCUGGUUUUAUGCAGCCUCUUGCUUGCCAUGGCGUCAGCUGUUGAAGAAACAUUAAUGGACACCAAGUGGGCCACAACAGAACUAGCCUGGGCCGCACAUCCUGAAACUGGGGUAAAUUGUUGUGGGAGGAGGUGAGUGGCUACGACGAUGCAAUGAACCCCAUCCGGACGUACCAGGUGUGCAACGUGCGGGAGAGCAAUCAGAACAACUGGCUGCGCAGUGACUUCAUCCCACGCAAAGAUGUCCUCCGAGUCUACGUGGAGAUGAAGUUCACAGUGCGCGACUGCAACAGCAUCCCCAACAUCCCCGGCUCCUGCAAGGAGACCUUCAACCUUUUCUACUAUGAGUCCGACUCAGACUCGGCCACGGCGACAAGUCCAUUCUGGAUGGAGAACCCCUAUGUGAAGGUGGACACCAUCGCACCCGAUGAGAGUUUCUCCAUGUUGGAGUCGGGAAGGGUGAACACGAAAGUGCGGAGCUUCGGACCUCUAUCCAAGGUUGGGUUUUACCUGGCAUUCCAGGACCUGGGGGCUUGUAUGUCAUUGAUAUCUGUCCGGGUCUUCUAUAAGAAGUGCUCAACUACCAUUGCGAACUUCGCCAUGUUCCCCGAGACGGCCACAGGGGCCGAGGCCACGUCGCUGGUCAUCGCGCCAGGGACAUGCGUCUCUAACGCUCUCGAGGUGUCUGUGCCUCUCAAGCUAUACUGCAAUGGGGACGGCGAGUGGAUGGUUCCUGUUGGCUCGUGCACCUGUGCAAAUGGGUUUGAGCCCGCCAUGAAGGACACCCAGUGUCAGGGUGAGUGUGACAUCAAGGACACACAAUGUCAGGCUUGCAGCCCGGGCACGUUCAAAUCCAAACAGGGUGAGGGCUUCUGUACUCCCUGCCCACCAAACAGCCGGACCAGCUCUGGAGCAGCUAGCUUGUGCUCCUGCAGAAACGGCUACUAUCGCUCAGACACAGACUCACCUGACAAUGCCUGCACCACCAUCCCCUCUGCGCCGCGCAGCGUCAUCUCCAACGUCAAUGAGACCUCCCUGGUCCUGGAGUGGAGUGAGCCACGCGACUCUGGCGGUCGAGGUGACAUCUUUUACAACAUCAUCUGCAAGAAGUGCCUGCCUGAGCGUGGCAUGUGCUCGCGCUGCGAUGACAAUGUGGACAUCUCGCCGCGCCACCUGGGCCUGACACAGCGUCGUGUGGCGGUCCGCAACCUGCAGGCACACACCCAGUACAGCUUUGAGAUCCAGGCUGUCAACGGCGUGUCGAAUAAGAGCCCAUACACGCCGCAGUUCUCCGCCGUCAACAUUACCACCAACCAGGCUGCUCCAUCUGCAGUACCCACAGUUCACCUGAUGGGGGCCACAGCGAGCACCAUGAGUCUUUCCUGGCUGCCCCCUGAAAAACCCAAUGGAAUUAUUCUGGAUUACGAGAUUAAGUACCAUGAGAAGGACCAGGGUGAGGCCAUCGCCCACACCAUGACAGCCCAAAGGAGCUCUGCCCGCAUCGAGGGGCUCAAGACGGGCACGCACUAUGUGGUCCAGGUCCGGGCCCGCACAGUGGCUGGGUACGGCCGCUAUAGCAGCCCCGCCGACUUCAGCACCAACCUAAAAAGUGACCCCGAGAAGUCUCUUCAGGAGCAGCUGCCCCUUAUUGUUGGUUCUGCCACCGCAAGUCUAGUCUUCAUUAUCGCUGUCGCCGUCAUUGCCAUCGUCUGCCUCAGGAAGCAGAGGAAUGGCUCCGAGUCAGAGUACACAGAGAAACUGCAGCAGUACAAAUCCCCUAUAGUCACACCUGGAAUGAAGGUCUAUAUUGACCCCUUCACCUACGAGGACCCCAAUGAGGCCAUCCGCGAGUUUGCCAAGGAGAUCGACAUCUCCUGCGUGAAGAUCGAGGAAGUCAUUGGCGCAGGUAACCAACAAAAGCUCCUGAGCUACAGGGGGAAGAAUGCCAUACCGUUAGAGGACUUCACGCCAAGCGGAGAGUUUGGGGAGGUGUGUCGCGGGCGUUGCAAGCUACCCGGCCGACGUGAGAUCAUUGUAGCUAUCAAGACACUCAAGGUGGGCUACACUGACCGGCAGAGGCGGGACUUCCUGAGUGAAGCAAGCAUCAUGGGACAGUUCGACCACCCCAACAUCAUUCGACUGGAGGGCGUGGUCACCAAGAGCCGGCCAGUCAUGAUCGUCACAGAGUUUAUGGAGAACGGGGCGCUAGACUCUUUCUUGAGGCUCAACGACGGGCAGUUCACAGUGAUCCAGCUUGUGGGGAUGCUGCGUGGCAUCGCGGCGGGCAUGAAGUAUCUGUCUGAUAUGAACUACGUCCACCGGGACCUGGCUGCACGCAACAUCCUGGUCAACAGCAACCUGGUGUGUAAGGUGUCUGACUUCGGCCUGUCGCGCUUCCUCGAAGAUGACGCCACGGAUCCCACCUACACCAGCUCACUGGGAGGCAAGAUUCCUAUUCGCUGGACGGCCCCCGAAGCCAUCGCCUACAGGAAGUUCACCUCGGCCAGUGAUGUAUGGAGCUACGGCAUCGUCAUGUGGGAAGUGAUGUCGUACGGAGAGCGGCCAUAUUGGGACAUGAGCAACCAGGACGUGAUAAAUGCCGUGGAGCAGGACUACCGGCUGCCCCCGCCCAUGGACUGCCCCACAGCGCUGCACCAGCUCAUGCUCGACUGCUGGGUCAAGGAAAGGAACCUUCGGCCUAAAUUCUCCCAGAUCGUUGCAACGCUGGACAAGCUCAUCCGCAACGCUGCCAGCCUCAAGGUGGUCACCAGCAACACGCAAUCUUCUGGGGCAUCGCAGCCUCUGCUCGACCGAUGCGUCCCUGACUACACCACCUUCACCACCGUGGGAGACUGGCUGGAUGCCAUCAAGAUGAGCCGCUAUCGCGACAACUUCCUCAAUGCCGGCUUUGCCUCCUUCGAUCUCGUGGCCCAGAUGACAGCAGAAGACCUUCUUCGGAUAGGAGUGACAUUGGCUGGCCACCAGAAGAAGAUUCUAGGCAGCAUUCAGGACAUGAGACUACAGAUGAACCAAACACUGCCUGUCCAGGUCUGAGAUGGACCAACAGACAGACAGAAUGGGGAGGAACUGUGCCAGAGAAAGAGCCAAUAGGAAACCCUAGCUGCCUGACCAUCUCUGCCAAUCAGACGAGAACAAAACUGGCUUGCAGUGCCUCGAACUUGUGUUUUUCUUAUUUUUCUUCCACGCCAACAUUUUAUGUUUCUGUGUUCCACAUUAUUAGUCCAAUGUUUUUCCAUCCGAUAAGACUUUAAACAGGAUUAUUUUGUAAAAAAGAAAUGUCUAUAGACAAGACAGAGAACCCAUAACCCAUGCGUGCCUCACUUGUUUCAGUGUGGGGUGAUGUUUGCAUGCGUGCGCGUGUGUUUGUGAGGUUGGCCAGGACUUAAACCCUCCCCUCCCACCUCUUGUAUCCUGAACGUAGUCUUCCUCCUGUGAAAAUCUAUCUCCUUGAACCUUGACCCUACCCCAACAUCUGUCGGAAAGCCCCCUGACGGACAUUACAGUUGUAAAAGGAUGAACACGGAGUAUAAAGUGUUUCAAAAAGCAGGAAACGUGAACGAGCGUUUGCACACAAAAAAAGUUUGGACACCAAGAUGAUAAAUGAAAACGAUAUAAAUUGUUUUAUUGUUGGUGUGUGUGUUAUUCGCCAUCUUCAUAUUGAAGGUGUAUUAUUAUGUACGUUGGGCACAUGCCUAAGAAGGACAUGGAGGAAGAGGGCAAAUCAGCGGGUCACAGAGGUCAAAUGAGAGCUGCUUAGCUGGAGCUGGCCACAUUAGUUUGGCUUAACCAGGUAUGGAACCAACCUUUUUCUAAAACCUGGGGGAACUCACACUCAGGAUGUUCUCAAAGUUUGGGACCAUUGGUUCAUUUUGUCUCAUCAAUUGUGUUUUUCUUACUAUAAGAAUUGCUGUUAAUUUGUUUACAUGAGCCUUCCAUUUAUGUUUUUCUGUUCCAUCACUUCGGGGAGAUUUGUGUUUCAAGAUGGCUGGUCAGAGCUAAGUAGUCCUGUUGGAUGCUUUGUGUGAUGGGGGAGGGAGGAGUUAGGUGAGAACUGUGGCAACUCAAUACAAAGAACGACCAGCCUUUUGUGUGUGCUUGUGUUUGUGCGUGAGUAUGUAUGUGUGUUUGUGUGUAUGCGAAUGUAUGAGUGUAACAAAAUACUGUACAAUACAGCUUCAGCUACAUCACCACCAUGGAGAAUUAACGCAUGAACUGAACAGUGACAAGAAGCAACAAUUAUAUCGGAAACAAUUACGCUAUAUUCUGUGGACAACUGUUAACAUUUUUUUUAUUGAAAUCCAAACAUUUGGAAAUAUAUAUGCAUCGUACAAAACUAAGGGCAACCACGAAAGACACCGUAACUUUCUUUUUACUAAUACCUGGAUAAAUAAUGUAUCUAAAACUUUAGCUAAAUUUCUAUACUUCCACCCAGUGUAUUUAUUUUUCUCCCCACUUGGACAAGAGGCCAUUUGAACUGUGGACUUAUUCUAAAGAACAAUCAAGAGGAAACGAAAAGACCCAAGAGGAUUCGGCAAAUUAUUGAUUAUUAUAAAAAUGUGCAUAUAAAAUUGGAUAAUGUAUUUUUGUUGUUGUUCUAAACAGCCUGUAAUGUUUUGUAACAAAAAACAAGAUAAAUAACAUGAAAACAAAAUGCUAUUUGAGAAACUGGGAAAGUGUUGUUGUGAGAUGUCGUUUGAUUCUGAGUGAAAUGAGCAGAUAGCGAGGGAUUGAAGAUGAAUAGAAUGAGAGAGAGAGAAUGUGAGGAAGGGAAAGGUAGAGAGAAGUUAGGGACAGCUGCAAUGAUAUUAGCAUUUCAAGGGGUAAACCGUGGUUAGACCACGAGGGGUAUACACUCUGCACCAACAACCUCCCUCUCCUUUCAAGUGUAUGUUUCCGUGUGUUAGUGGGUAUGUUGAGCUUGUGUUUCAGGUCAAAUUGUAUUGGUGACCGCCAAGACUGGAUCUUUAGCUGUACCAUUCCUUCUCUCAAUCAUCUGUAAAGAAGAUUAUAUUGUGUAGCCAUGUGAACUUGUCAGUAGUUGUCUUCCAUGCACCUUUAUCCAAAUGAAACUUCCUGACACAGUUGACACACCCAAUGGUCGAUGGAGAUUUUAUUGAAAAGUGUGUUUGUACAUCUCAAUAUUGUCCGUUACCCCCACUGUAUAGCUCUGUGACAGAGACCAUUCUUAAACCGAUGGGUCUGUAGACGGAGCUCCGUCAAGGGCUCAGUGUGUGCACCUCCGUGAUUGGGCCAUGGUCCACUUUUUUCAGAGAAGUGGCCCCUUGGACCCGGUUUGUCAGACUGAUUAAUGCAGUGGCCAAUCUGCUGCUCCGAGGGAUACAUUCACAGUCCAGCGCAGACAUACGGAUGGACGGCCUAUGAUUAUCUGUAUUUAUUUCCUGUUCAGGCUGCAAUCAUUCUGUCUAGACUCUGCGGCUCUGCCUGAUUAGUACAGUGCGGGGACCAACAACCUUGGCCUGGAGACAGGCAGCAAUCUGGAGCGCUCAUUGUAAAUGAUAGCAGCUGCAUCCCCUAGGAUGUACCAUCAGUGUUAUAGUAGGAGGGGAGAGGGGAUGGGGGCUGAAGGAUGGGAUGAACCACCUGUAUUAGGUAGAGUGGUACUUGCAGUGCUGGUCCCCACAGAUUAUUUUCCAGAAAGUUUCUGUUGUCUACCGUGCAUCAAGUCGUGCAAUAUUACUCUUUUAGACUUUCUUUUGAAACCUCUGAAGCCAUCAAGGAUAUUAUGCAAAAAUGUGUUCCUUAUUUUGAUUUCAUUUAAUCUUCUUUUAAAAUAGAGGCAUUUCCAGUUCAAUAAGUCCCAUGUAAGGGCUUACUAACCCAAAAAAGUUGCACUGUACGAUAAUGAUAGUGGUAACAACAAUAAUGCUCUAAAAGUGAGGUGAGGUACAAAUGCUACAUCAGCUAGGACAAUGACUUAAUAGAACUCGGUUGAUGAAUGUGAACAAUGGAGAAGGCUGAAUACAAUCAGAUGUUUGACAUGCCCAUUCAUGAAAAAUGGCAGCUCAGCGCUAGGUUGAACUAUUGAUUUGUUGCAGAAGCUGUGCUAGGUCUUGAAUUUGCUUUGGGGGAAAAAAAAGCUGAAUGAGUGAUGAGCUCUGAUGCUGCAGCUACAUAUCUUAAAAUGACUAAAUGCUUUGCACAUCAACUCUGAACAUAUUGUUGGAACAAAUAGAUUUUUCACACUGUAGGGAGAUGUUCCUAACAGAUGUUUCAUACUUAGGACCUUGAAUUGUCAAGAGUUGACGAUUGUUCAUCAUUCUGUGUUUUUGUAAUCAUAUCUUACACACCAGUAUCUCUGCUUAGCGCUGACAUGUGAAUGGAGUGUGUGUGUGUGUGUGUGUGUGUGUGUGUGUGUGUGUGUGUGUGUGUGUGUGUGUGUGUGUGUGUGUGUGUGUGUGUGUGUGUGUGUGUGUGUGUGUGUGUGUGUGUGUGUGUGUGUGUGUGUGUGGAUAUAGGUGCUAGUAUUAUAAUUUUCUACUGAACCAAUCCAGUCCGCACACUAUACAUUUAUGGUAGACACAGUAUCUCUCUGUGCCAAUCACCCCAUCUCUCUGAAAGUAUACAGAGUUAACACUCGCCUCACAUUCCUCUACCUAUCCCCUAAUCCUUCCACACUCCACCCCAUCUAAGCCCACGACUUUUAACCCCUAACAUUUUCCGGUAUAAUAUUUUUCAGAAAUGUUUUUCUUCAUCUGUCACUGUUUUAUAUACAUAUAUAUAUAUACAAAAAUUAAACAAACUCACUUAAUAUGCCUGUCUUCUCUUCACUUUCCAAAUACAUAUCGAAAAAAGUGAGAUGUUUACAAGUGUUGUAUAUGUAUAGUGAGAGGAAAAGGAAGAAACCUUUGAGAUUUGCAGUUAUUUUGUUCCUCUUUGAAAGCAUUGAGAUAUAUUUAAUGAUGGUGCAGACAAAACAACAAAUUGAUUAAAAAAAAUGCAUUCUUGUAGAAAUAUUUCUAAAAUACCCUUUUGCAAUUAAAUGAUUUAUCAGUCUGA